AUGAAGCUUCUCGCCUCCCUGCUGGCCGUCGCCGGCACCGUCGCGCCCCUCUGCGCCGCCGCCGCCCUUCCCCAGGCCCGACAGACGAGCUGGCCCAACGGGCCCUUCACGACCAACGGCCGCUGGCAGCAGGACGCCUCGGGCAACAACGUCAACUUCGCCGGCACCAACUGGCCAGGCCACGGCGAGGUCAUGGUGCCCGAGGGCCUGCAGUACAACUCGGUCGAGGAGGUCGUCAGCAAGAUCAAGAGCCUCGGCAUGAACGCUAUCCGGCUGACCUUCGCCAUCGAGCUCGUGGACCAGAUCUACGCCAACGGCGGCGAAGACGUCGACCUGCGCACCGCCUUCGUCGAGGGGCUCGGCGAGACCAACGGCACCGCCGUGCUCGCGCGCGUGCUCGAGCGGAACCCGUCCUUCACCGAGGCCACGACCCGGCUGCAGGUCUACGACGCCAUCGCCGCCGAGUGCGCGCGCCAAGAAAUCUACAUCCUGCUCGACAACCACAUGUCCAAGGGCAAGUGGUGCUGCUCCGGCAACGACGGCAACACCUGGUGGGGGGACCGCGAGUUCGACGCCGCCAACUGGGUGCGCGGCCUGGCCUACAUGGCCGAGCAUGGCAAGUCAUGGCCGGCGCUCGUCGCCAUGUCCCUCCGUAACGAGCUCCGUCAGGCCACCGACAACCCGGAGCUCGUCGCCGCCUCGUACCACUGGCAGGACUGGUACAAGUACAUCCAGCAGGGCACCGACGCCGUCAACGGCGCGAACCCGGACGUGCUCAUCUACCUCUCGGGCCUCAACUACGACACGACAGUGGCACCCGUGUUCCGCGGCACGGCGCUGACGCCGGGCAACGGGACCUUCUCGCGGGCCGACUUCGACGGCUACGCCGACAAGCUCGUGCUCGAGAUCCACAACUACGAGGGCAGCAUCGGCAGCUGCGCGAGCCUGCGGUACAACCUGUACAACCGGGGCUUCCAGGCGAUGAACGCGACGGACCCGGCGACGGCCGACGUGUUCCCCGUCGCGCUGACCGAGUUCGGGUUCAACAUGAACGACGCCACGUACCAGGGCGUCUACUCGACGUGCCUGGCCGAGUACCUGCCCGAGGCGCGCGCGAGCUUCUUCAUCUGGGUGCUGGUCGGCAGCUACUACACCCGCCAGGGUACGCAGAACUUUGACGAGUCGUGGGGCCUGCUCAACGUCGACUGGUCCGCCUGGCGGAACCCGGCGUACGUCGAGGAGCAGCUGAAGCCUAUGGUUGCAGGUGUCAUUGGAUGA